AUGGAUUUCCUUGACUAUCAAACAUACGCUCUAGGUGACAGUUCUGAAAAUGACAAUCAGCUUCCAGAGCCGGCGUCGAGAUUAAAGUUCCAAUCUCAAAGAUCGUUUGUUGAGCUAGACAAACCGUUUACACUGCCGAGCUCAAAGCCUACGGAAUUCAUCAAUGACAAUAAUGGUACUUUACAGGAGAAAAUGCAGAGAUAUGCGUCGAUGUCCCUGGAUCAAUUAGGCUCAGCAGCUACCUCUCUGUUGACAGGCGCUGACCUACCCGUUCCUUUUGGUGGGGCCCUUCCCAGAGAUGGCAACCUCAAGCAACUACUUGAAAGCAGCGAUUCAACGCCGAAUAGCGCCGAUAGCUUGCUCUCCAAAAAACUGUCUCGUGUUCUGGGUGCCCAUGGCCGCCCGAGCUCGAUUUCCGCUGCCCAACUGGAAAAGUCAUUCAUGAUACUCGAGGAUAAUCGAGAAAACUUGAAUUUUCAUAGUCAAGCCAUAACUCGUCCUGAUUUUGUUGGCUCCUUGGCCCGGAAGUCAUUGAGGAGUGCAUUAGAAAACGAGCUUCUGCGAUCUCACUUGACGCUCAUCGAAGAUAUUCAACCCAUUGUCGGACGCAUCAAGCGGCUGACUCCACCUAUAACAACUAUAAAACAUAUUAGCGACGAAAUUCUGCACGGGAGUUCCUGUAACAAGAAAGAUUCCGCUCUAAACAUGGAGGGCAUAUAUGCACUACGAAAAAAGAUGAAAGAGUUACAGUUACAGAAACAGCUACUUUCUAUAAUACGCGAAAAGCUUACACUGACCCAAGUAGAGGAGGAAGCUCUCAUAAAUGCUCCUAUUGACACUGACUUUUUCGAGGUCGUCAACAAACUCAUGCGGAUAAAAGAGACAUCCUCCCACUUAUUAGCACUUGAGAAUCCAAAAGCGGGGCAGUCAUUGCUUCAGCAAACAAACAUGAAACUAUCUGGGGCUUCUAAGCGCAUCUACAAUUACUUGAUCAACUUUUUUUACGACUUACAAUCUGCGUCGAAGACAUUUGGAGAAAGGGCUUUUGCUUCGGAUGACAGAUCUUUGAUAAACUUUCAAAAAAGUAUGAUAUACAUGUCUAAUGACCUUCCACUUUUCAAUGAAGUUUUGAAAAAAAUUGUGAGGCUAAGGUCACAAAGGGUUUUAGAUGAUUUCUUGUCUCAAUUUGAUGUCGACCCUUCAAAAAAUUCGAGGCCGAUUGUGAUGUCAGCCCAUGAUCCUGUACGAUACCUAGGUGAUGUGCUUGCUCAUGUGCACUCCCUUAUUGUCGAUGAAGCAGAUUUUAUGAACUCGAUGUUCAAAUUUCAAGACUUGAAAAUCGAGGGUACUCCAAAAUCAGUAUUACAAGAAAAUGGUGAUUACCUCAAUGGUUUAGGUACCAACCUCUUGAACGAAACGUUCAAGCCGGCAGAAAACUCAAUUAGAAUUAGGUUAGAGCAAAUCAUAAGAUUCGAAGAUGACCCAUCGAUAAACUUUGAUAUCUGCGAACUACUGAAGCUAUAUCAAAUGAUGUUUAUUAAAUAUGGCAUCGACCCAGAAGGGUCAUUCAUUCGUCAACUCAACACUCUGAAAAAUAACUCAGGUGAUAAGGUUAUGUCUGGCCUCUUAACCCUGAUGAAUGAACAUGUCCCGGAGGAAAAGAUAGGCUUAGAACUUCUACCUUCCGAUUGGUUAUUGAAUUACAUGACAAAUCUUUGCAAGAUUUUGUCUAAAAUCGAAAAGAGCGGCAAUGCAGAAACUUCAAAUUACUUGAUUGAAUCUGACUUUUUACAGAAAACUCUUGACACGUUGAUUAUUGAGAGACUUCCACAAUACUACCAAACUCACUUCCCCCUUGCAAAAAAGGAUAAAGAAGAGAAGGUCAAACUGUUAAUUUUUGAAAUAAACAGUCUUGACCUUAUUUUGACACGGCUGUUGCCAUUUGGAUUAAUAUUGGAUGGCCAUGAAAGCGGCUGUCGCAAAGAGUUACAAAAUGCCAUAAAGACACUCGUGACAUUAGAAUCAGGUGUUUUGCUUGAAAGGCUAGGGAUGGAUAUUUACAGUAAUUUGCUCAACAUGAUCUUCCCCAUCGAUUCUGUUGAAGAUGAGCUGGAUUAUGACAUGUACUUGCCGGUUUCAGAAAAUCCCAUUAUGAAGAUUGAGACCAUCAGGGCCAAUGUGUAUGAUAAGUUGAACGGGAACUUGCCAAAUUUGAACAGCGACGUACAGGAUGCCUUGGUAUUGAAUGUGGUUUCGCCCACGAUUGCUGACGAGAUUGCCAAUAGCUGUUUCAAAAACUUGUCAAAAUUUUACAAGGUAUUCAGAGAGACGUUGGUUCGCUUAUAUCCUAAUUCUAUCGAUGACAUUUUCAGUAUUCUGAACUUCACGAGUGAGGAUUUUGAUACCAUAGUCGGAGUAGUAUAA